AAAGAAGCUUUGGCCAGCCUGCGGUGACGGCUGCUGCGAUAGAUGGGAGUCCAGGGGCAGGGCUCGGGAUGUGUUACCUGUGGGCCAUAUGGAUCCUUCCUGCACCCAUAAGAGGCAGCCUGAGUGCACCGGCAAGCUGAUGUGUGAAACUUAGGUCCAUCGGGAGCUGGAAGAGCGUAGCAGAAGUUACCCAGGUGUCCUUAUCUGGCCUUUCUAGUCCGCAAAAUCCCAAGUGGUAAAAAGUUCCGAAGCAAGCCCCAGCUGGCGCGCUACCUGGGGAGCUCGAUGGACCUGAGCACUUUUGACUUCCGCACAGGAAAAAUGUUGAUGAAUAAAAUGAACAAGAACAGACAGAGGAUGCGCUAUGACUGUUCCAACCAAGCCAAAGGCAAGCCUGAUUUGAACACAGCACUGCCUGUCAGACAGACAGCCUCCAUAUUCAAACAACCUGUCACAAAAAUCACAAACCAUCCCAGCAAUAAGGUGAAGAGUGAUCCUCAGAAAGCUGUGGACCAGCCCCGGCAGCUCUUCUGGGAGAAGAAAUUAAGUGGACUGAAUGCUUUUGACAUUGCAGAGGAGCUGGUGAAAACAAUGGACCUUCCAAAAGGUUUACAAGGGGUUGGACCUGGUUGCACUGAUGAAACCCUUCUUUCUGCUAUAGCUAGUGCUCUGCACACUAGCACUAUGCCUAUCACUGGACAGCUGUCCGCGGCUGUAGAGAAGAAUCCUGGAGUUUGGCUAAACACCUCACAGCCACUUUGCAAAGCAUUUAUGGUGACAGAUGAAGAUAUUAGGAAGCAAGAGGAACUGGUGCAGCAGGUGCGAAAGAGGCUGGAGGAAGCUCUGAUGGCUGACAUGCUUGCCCAUGUGGAGGAAAUAGCAAGAGAUGGGGAAGCACCUUCAGAGAAAGAAGGAGGCGAGGAAGAAGGAGAAGAGGAAGAGGAGGAGGAGGAGCAGGACCAUGACCAGGAGAUGGAGAAUGUAUAGUCCAGGGAGUUCCAUCUAAGAAUUCCCAGUAUAAACCCUAUCAGCAGGGUCAGCACAACUAUUUACAAAGCCAAGAGUGUCUGCCAAGUAAAUUGCACCAACAAUCCAACUGUACCUAUGAGCAUUUUGAUGUACGCUUCAGGAAAUGUUGAGAAGCUGAUGGUUCAUUAAUUGCUGGGUAGUUUUGAAGAUGGAACCUGACUAAACUCUACUCCCCUUCCUUUUUCUAAAGGGGUAGGGUAAUCGGGAAUGCAAAAGUGGGAGGGAAUAAAGGAAUAUAAAAUGGUGGGAGGGAAAAUACUAGGAACCAAAUUUCCUGUCCUUUUUUUUUUCUUUUUUUUUUCGUUGUGGGUCACUGAUAGGUGAUACAUUUUUAAGCUUUUCUAUUAAAUUACCUUUAACAAUGACCCAUAGAAACAAUUUUCUCUCUAACACAAGUGAGAGAGAUGCUGUUUCACUCCUUGGCUACUCUGCUGUAGGCUACCUGUUUGUACCAGACUGUCGGGAGGUCAUUUUAUGCUGUGGAUUGUCAUUCCAUAUGUCAAUUCGGGUCGCUGAAUUCCUUUUCCUCGAAAGACCACAUUGGUCUUGGAAGUGUAGUCUCAGAGAUGAACUGCCAGUGCCUCUUCCACCUGAGGUUUUGAUUAGUAGGGGAAGUUACACUUGAGGAAUUGGUCUUACAUCAAUGGCAAUUGGUUUUUUUAGUUAGUUCCAGCACCACACUGAAUGCACUGCCGUGCACAUUUUUGAUACGGAGUUGUGUGUAUGUCUGAGCAUAGUCGAACAGAGUUCUCACGAUAAAUAUACCCACUCUGUGGUAUAUUUUGCUUUGGUUUAAGUCAGGUCAGAAGGACCUUCUCAACUCGGAAUGGAAGGAUGACUCAUUUCUGACUGACAAUGAGGAAACCUUCCUCCUUUCUCUUCUGGUGCCAAGAACCCUGACCUCUGUUUCUGUGUGUGCAGAGGGAAGGGGAUCCAUUCCAAUAGGUGUGUCUACACAUCUGCUUUUGUGUGCAGUAAUGUUCUGACCUCUUUUAAAACAAGAAAGAAAAAAGGUUGAUUUUUCUAUAAUUGAUAUCUAAAAA